CAUAAAUGAACCGCAGUUAUUACAAUAAAUCCAACAGUAAUUUAACUCCUGGUAAAGCAAAGUCGUAACACGUAACUUAGAUUUAGUUGUAAGACAUAUAGUUUAUUCUGAGAAACAUUAGCAAAUAUAUUAGAGAUUCAUCUAAUGAAAACAACAAAAGAGGUGAUAAUUUGUUGAACACUUUAAUCCAGCAGUCUCAACAAGCUAUUCAAUCAGCUAGACAAUUUAGUGUCGAUAGACCAAUCAAGACUUCUCCCAUUGAAUCGUAAAUUAGCCAAUCAUCUCAUAGGUCUCCUCAUAUUCAAAAAAAAGUGAUCAGCAGUUCCUAAAACUUGUAAUUAAGAAAAAGCACAGAUCAACAAUAAAGAAGCAGUGCAUAGUUUGAUAGACUACUUAAUGAAAACACUUCAUUGUUGAUGCGCAUAUAGGAAUUAGAACAAAAAGUAAGAAAUUGAUGUUAACAAGUGAGAAUCAAUUAUUAUAAAUGAAAUGUUAGUGCAGCAAUCAGAGCAAUAAAAGAUCACAAGAAAAUGAACUCAAAAUCACACAUUAAAACAAGGGGGAUAUAGAUGUCUUCUUGCAAUCUCAUCAUUGUAAUGAAAAUGAAAAUAGAAUAUUAAAGGAAUUAAUUAAUAGGUAAUCCUCAAUUAUGCACAUCCCCUCAGUUAUCCAAACACUUUCACUCAUUAAAUGA